GUCAAUAAAUCUUCACAAGAGCCUCAUUUACCUCCAACCCUGAUAAACCCCAGUGUGUGAUUCUGUAAGUGUCUAUCAACUACAUAAAACCCCUGGGGAUGUAUUUGGUAGAAUCGAUCGAUCCCUGGUACAGCCUGUCACGACACAAAUAACUAUAUAUGCCCAGAGUAUUCUGUACCACGAGGAUAUCUUCCAGUUCUUGACAUGACACAAUGUACAUCGAGGAUCACAUUGAUGUGCUGGGACUAGGAAAACGGCAAAUCGAACCUUGGAGCAACGUAGGCUCCUCUAUGCCCUGUUUGGAGCCGGCAAUUCCAGUGAGAUCAAUCGAUUACCACAAAAAUCAUACACUCAUGCCUUGGAGACCUAGUGCUGGCUAUGAAAAUGUACAGUUGGUGCCUCUAUCUAGAAAAUGUAUAUCGACUUAUGCUGUCGAUCCAGCGACGGGGAUGACGACGGAGCCUCUGAAAUUCCCCAAUCUAGUCACUGGGUAUCAGAGGAAUCCGGUGCACGCAUCACAGUCUGCUCUGCAUACGAGAUACACUCCCAAUGAGUGGUUCCAGAAGCAGAUCAAGUUCUAUAAUGAUGCUGACGCUAACACUUAUUAUUCCGAGAGAAUGCGGAAUGAUGCUGUCAAGAUUAUGCGGGCAGCGGAGGAAAAGAUCCAGAUAACUCAACAUGAGACAGGAAGAAGAUUGGGGGAACGAAUAACGGAUGUGACAUUCUGGAGGAAUGAGGUAGCUGCUGAGUUAGAGAGACUCAUCCAGGAGUGCGAGAGGCUUCAGGAUUGCAGAAGUGUCCUAGAGAAAGCUGUCCAGGACAUCGAGGGGCCUCUCCACAUUGCUGAAGAGUGUCUUUAUCAUCGUGAAGCGAGAAAAAGCACUGAACUGGUUCACGAUGACUCGGAGAAGUGUCUUCUGUACGAAGUUUCCAAUCUCAAGAGCAAUCAGAAAAAACUUGAGAGUUGUCUGGAAAGAUGCAAGGAUCAGUUGAGGAACUGUCGAGCCUCGCAAAAUCAACUCGAGUUGGAUCUUAAGAAUAAACAGAGUGCUCUUGGAAUAGACACUCUCUGUCAUCAAUUAAAUAAUUACAGUCAUGGGAUACAGUACUAUUCUGGCAUUGAAAAAUAUGAUCCAUGUGUUUCAGAACAAGAGACCUGGGCUGAUGCAGCAAACAGAAUCGUCCAGAAAUCCCAGACUGAAAGAGCAAAAUCCGUUCAAUUGCGGGCAGAAGCCGAGGCAUUGGUCAACAGAGUGUCUCGUGAGAUGUGGGAGACCUGGACGUGUACAAACAAUGCAUUAUCAAGACGAAGUUCAGAAUUACUCGAGGCGAAAAACCAACUCCAGCAGCAUCUCCACAAGGUCCAACAAGAGAUCUUCGAUGUUGAGAAAAAUCUUGAAAUAAUGAGAAAGUCAAUAGCUGACAAAAGUUACGCUCUGAAGGUUGCCCACACACGUCUAGAGGCCAGAAUGCAUCGUCCAGAGCUGGAGUUAUGUCGUGAUUAUGCCCACGUAAGUCUUCAGAAGGAGAUCGAGGACAUAAACCAUCAGGUAGAGAAGAUGCACAAGAUGCUGAAGGAACUGGAGUGCCAGCACCAGCGACUCCUGCGUACCAGAAAUGGUUUAGAACACGAUUUAUCCCUGAAGGUCGAUGCUAUGUACAUCGACAAGGAGAAAGUCUGCGGCUUGAGACGAGCUUACCCAGUCAAUGCCCUAUUUAGAUUCUAAAUCCAUCAGAAAACAA